UGCAACCCCCCGAACUGCAUUAUGCCAGUUAACCCCCCAAAUAGCAUCGGUCCAUGCAAACCCACCAAACCACAUUGCGCCACAUACGGUCCAUGCAAACCCCCCGAACAAAUUAUGCCAGAUAACCCCCCAAAUAGCAUCGGUCCAUGCAAACCCCCGAACUGCAUUAUGCCAGUUAACCCCCCAAAUAGCAUCGUUCCAUGCAAACCCCCGAAC